UGUGGGUACAUAGUGUGUAUAUUUCUGGGGUACAUGAGAUGUUUUGAUAGAGGCAUGCGAUGUGUAAUAAUCACAUAAGGGUAAAUGUGGUUUCCAUACCCUUAAGCAUUUACCCUUUGUAUAAAAAACAAUCCAAUUACACUUUUAUUUUUAAAUGUAUAAUUCAUUAAUUAUUGACUAUAGUCACCCCAUAGUGCUAGCCAAUACUAGGUCUUACUUAUUCAUUCUAAUAUUUUGUACCCUCAGUUGUUAGUAUUAAGACUAAACAUCAAUUAUAAGAUCCAAAGGGUAGGUGUAAAGUCAGAACUAUGCAGUAAGAUAAGAUCAGGAUCAGAGAUAACAGAAAAAUGUCUGAGAACAACAACAAUGUGUGUAACACAGGGGAGAAUAAUAUUCACCAUAAAUAAUUCAAGAAGAUUUAUCCUAGGAGAAGCAAAGUGAGGGCCCACAUUCUCGGUGGGUUCCUCUGUUCUUCUGUCACUGGGAAGUAAAGCGUGAUGAGCAAGAAGCACAAAGUUGAUGGGGUCCUUCAGCCUCCUGGAGUGACUCUCUGCAGCUCUUGGGCAAAACAGAUGUCUCAAUGACUACCUGGGAGAGUGAGGGGAAAACUCAGAGCCUUUCAAGCAACAGAGGUGUGAGAGAGAAGUUAUCCACGUAAUUCCCAUUAGUCUGUUUUUCAGAGAUACAAGUUGUCACGCCCAUUUGGGAUAUUAAAUGAUAAGGGUUCAGUAUUACCCUUCUGUACUGUGCAAAAGGGAAUAGUCAAAAGCAUAUUUACUGUUCUCAUGAAAUUUGUAGUUUAACUAUGAAGACAAGCGAUAUCUCUGUGAAAAGUAAAGAUCACUUGCUGAUCAACUAAGUUUUCUCACUUUCUAGUUUUUGUCUUUGUACACACCUCCUUUAAGAAUACUUUCUCCGUAAUUGUUUCCAGUCUGACUGACUGAGGAAAUAUUCAGGACUCAAUCCCAUGUACAGAUGUCGAACAUUACAUAAUCAGUUAUACUAUAUCCAUUGUACUUGUGACUCUCAUAAAAAUAUAUUUUUUCAAUAACUAUUUAUUGCAUAUCUGCAAUGUGCCAAGUUGUGUUGUAGACAUUAGGAAAAAUGAAGUAGACAAAACAUUGUCUUUGUCCUCACGGAACUUACAUCUCAGUAUUAUAAGUGUGCAUACCCUCUCUUCCUACUAGGAGAAAACACUAUUUUUAAUCAUUCUUUCACAGAGAGUUUCUUAGACUUAUUUCAUCAGAGACUAUUGAAAAGCACACACUCUUCCAUCCCCCCAGAAUGAGAAUCCUGGGGGAGGGAUUGGGAAGUCUAUUUUUUUUAAGAAACUCACUGGGUGUUUCAUGUGCAUUCACAGCUUUAGGUAACUCUGGGGGAAAGCACUACCUUAUUAAGAGCAUACUGCUGAAGAAAUUGGUAAUAUCCAUUGUACUAUAUCUGUAGGAUCCCUUUUGAUUGUCAUUACCAAACAUCUCAUCCUUGGAGAAUAUGAAAGCUCUCCAAGGCUUUCCACAGCCAAUUCACCUAACAAAAAAUAAGGCAAACUUUUUCAAGAAUACCAUUAUUUUUAAAUAAAAUGCCUCUACACGGCAGAUGUUACUAUGUUCUACUUUGGGGAUGAAAAGAAUCAAACAUUAUUAGUUAUGGUCCACAGAAUCACAAGAUUUAUUUUAAAGAUAAAGUUCAGAUGAUGAACAUAAAGGAAGCUAUCUCAUCAAAGAAGGCAAGACAGAGUAGAUCUCAGAAGUCCACCAUGUACAAUAUUUUAAAAUGCUCCCUAAAGUUGUUCUUUGUGAGUUAAUGAAGGUCAGUGUAGUCAAUAUUCAGUACGUAAUCCUAGCAAGUACACAUAAAGUUAAUAUUAUUAAAAUAUCUUACACAGGCUUAUUGCAUGCAACACACUGUUCUAAGUAACAUACAGAUAUUAAGAUGACUUAAUUCUCAAAACAUGUCUCAAAACAUGAAGUGAGUUUUUGUUUUUAUGCCCAUUUUGCAGAUGAGAAAACUGAGGCAUAGGGAAGGUAAGUAACCUGCUUAAGGUUACAGAGCUGGUAAAUUGUAGCCAGGAGUUGGAAUCUAGGUGACAAAAUCUACGCUCUUAAUCACUAAACUGCCCUGCCUUAGUUUUUAUACUUCUUUAGAAGCCUCAGACCAAAAGAAGUUUAGACAAUUCUAAUAGAACAAGCAAGAAUUUGCUGAUCACAGCUUCCUUGCCCCAAUCCUUUAAUCGGCUUCAUUUUCAUUGACUUCUUUUUUAAAUGAAGAUAACAGUGUUGUUGAACAGGAUCAUCUAGUGGUUAGCGGUUCAGCAUAAGAAUGACUUGCUUCUGAAGCUCAGCUCUACCACUUGCUUGCUGUGUGACCUUGAGAAAGUUACCUCUCCAAGUCUGUUUCCUCAUCUUUAAAAGAGAGGUUAUAAUAGGACCCACAUCAUCCUAUUGUUUAAAGAGAAAACAACAUAGCCCACUUAAAGCACUUAGAAAGUGCUCCAUAAAUAUUAUUAGUGUAAUAAAUAGCAGCAACAUCAAUAAAGUAUGAACCAAAUGAUCUCUUGAUUCGUAUACUAACACUAAAAAUGGUUUAUUUCCCUUCUAAUUAAAAGAAAAUUACAACAACUAAGCAACAAACCAAACCAUAGCCAUAAAAUCAAUUAUAUCUUUUGUGAGAAAACUGGAAAGGCUAUUGGACACAUUAAUUCAUUUGUCAUCAGUCAUCCCCUCUAUUCCAAAAUGUUUGUGUUCUAGCAUCCUGAGACACCUUGCAUAAUAUAAUCUGUGACUCCAAGAGGUCAAAUGGGCAGGCAGUUAAUGCUUCUCUGUGAAAAGCUCAAUAAUUCAUUUUAUAAAUUUCAGUUUAAAGCCUGCGUUGAGGUUAAGAAAAAUUGACGUUCAGUCUGUGAACUUAAUGUCAAGCUCCAGAAAAACUCUGGGCAGCACAUGGUUAGCAAUUAAGUGGACACAGACAAUAAAGACGUUGCCAAAUUGUAAAACAAGACUUGGAAAUCACAGAAAAUGUUGCUAGUUAUUGAUUACGGUGAUCAUUCAGUUCCUACUGAGCCACCCAAAAGAAUCAUUCAUUUUCCAGCAGAGAGCCUGCUCAUUUGCAAGAUAAAAGAGAGACAUUUCUGCACAUGCCCAUAAUGUUCUUCACCACUGGGGGCAGCUUUACAUAAGACUGCAUUCAGUGAAACCAAAGCAACAGUCCGAGCAGCUUUCAGAAUGACAGUCUGCAGAAGUGAGCUGAGCGUGUGCGCGGUACGGGGCUCUCCUGCCUUCUGGGCUCCAACGCAGCUCUGUGGCUGAACUGGGUGCUCACCACAGGAACUGCUGGGCUAUGGAAUACAGAUGUGGCAGCUCAGGUAGCCCCACAUUGCCUGGAGGAAUACAUCAUGUUUUCCGAUAAGAAGAAAUUGUAGGAGCUAGUUUUUUUUUUUUUAACCGUCCCCCCGCCCCCCAAAAAACUGUAAAGAUGCAAAAACGUAAUAUCCAUGAAGAUCCUAUUACCUAGGAAGAUUUUGAUGUUUUGCUGCGAAUGCGGUGUUGGGAUUUAUUUGUUCUUGGAGUGUUCUGCGUGGCUGGCAAAGAAUAAUGUUCCAAAAUCGGUCCAUCUCCCAAGGGGUCCAAUUUUUCUUCCUGGGUGUCAGCGAGCCCUGACUCACUACAGUGCAGCUGACAGGGGCUGUCAUGCAACUGGCCCCUAAGCCAAAGCAAAAGACCUAAGGACGACCUUUGAACAAUACAAAGGAUGGGUUUCAAUGUAAUUAGGCUACUGAGCGGAUCAGCUGUAGCACUGGUUAUAGCCCCCACUGUCUUACUGACAAUGCUUUCUUCUGCCGAACGAGGAUGCCCUAAGGGCUGUAGGUGUGAAGGCAAAAUGGUAUAUUGUGAAUCUCAGAAAUUACAGGAGAUACCCUCAAGUAUAUCUGCUGGUUGCUUAGGUUUGUCCCUUCGCUAUAACAGCCUUCAAAAACUUAAGUAUAAUCAAUUCAAAGGGCUCAACCAGCUCACCUGGCUAUACCUUGACCAUAACCAUAUCAGCAAUAUUGACGAAAAUGCUUUUAAUGGAAUACGCAGACUCAAAGAGCUGAUUCUUAGUUCCAAUAGAAUCUCCUAUUUUCUUAACAAUACCUUCAGACCUGUGACAAAUUUACGGAACUUGGAUCUGUCCUAUAAUCAGCUGCAUUCUCUGGGAUCUGAACAGUUUCGGGGCUUGCGGAAGCUGCUGAGUUUACAUUUACGGUCUAACUCCCUGAGAACCAUCCCUGUGCGAAUAUUCCAAGACUGCCGCAACCUGGAACUUUUGGACCUGGGAUAUAACCGGAUCCGAAGUUUAGCCAGGAAUGUCUUUGCUGGCAUGAUCAGACUCAAAGAACUUCACCUGGAGCACAAUCAAUUUUCCAAGCUCAACCUGGCCCUUUUUCCAAGGUUGGUCAGCCUUCAGAACCUUUACUUGCAGUGGAAUAAAAUCAGUGUCAUAGGACAGACCAUGUCCUGGACUUGGAGCUCCUUACAAAGGCUUGAUUUAUCAGGCAAUGAGAUCGAAGCUUUCAGUGGACCCAGUGUUUUCCAGUGCGUCCCAAAUCUGCAGCGCCUCAACCUGGAUUCCAACAAGCUCACAUUUAUUGGUCAAGAGAUUUUGGAUUCUUGGAUAUCCCUCAAUGACAUCAGUCUUGCUGGGAAUAUAUGGGAAUGCAGCAGAAAUAUUUGCUCCCUUGUAAACUGGCUGAAAAGUUUUAAAGGUCUAAGAGAGAAUACAAUUAUCUGUGCCAGUCCCAAAGAGCUGCAAGGAGUAAACGUGAUCGAUGCAGUGAAGAACUACAGCAUCUGUGGCAAAAGUACUACAGAGAGGUUUGAUCUGGCCAGGGCUCUCCCAAAGCCGACGUUUAAGCCCAAGCUCCCCAGGCCGAAGCAUGAGAGCAAACCCCCUUUGCCCCCGACGGUGGGAGCCACAGAGCCCGGCCCAGAGACCGAUGCUGACGCCGAGCACAUCUCUUUCCAUAAAAUCAUCGCGGGGAGCGUAGCGCUUUUCCUGUCCGUGCUCGUCAUCCUGCUGGUUAUCUACGUGUCAUGGAAGCGGUACCCUGCGAGCAUGAAGCAGCUGCAGCAGCGCUCCCUCAUGCGAAGGCACAGGAAAAAGAAAAGACAGUCCCUAAAGCAAAUGACUCCCAGCACCCAGGAAUUUUAUGUAGAUUAUAAACCCACCAACACGGAGACCAGCGAGAUGCUGCUGAAUGGGACGGGACCCUGCACCUAUAACAAAUCGGGCUCCAGGGAGUGUGAGAUACCUUUAUCAAUGAAUGUGUCAACCUUUCUGGCAUACGACCAGCCCACAAUAAGUUACUGUGGGGUGCAUCAUGAACUUCUCUCCCAUAAGUCCUUUGAAACGAAUGCACAGGAAGAUACGAUGGAAACACACCUAGAGACUGAGCUGGACCUGAGCACAAUCACAACAGCUGGCCGAAUCAGUGACCAUAAACAGCAGCUAGCUUAACUGAGAUCACUGGUAGCCCGGGGUUGCUACCAAACUUUGUAACCUCAAGGACAAAAUGAGGAAGAUGUGUUCAUUGUGGACUCUAAAAACAAAGCAAAACACAAAAUCCCCUGUUCAAAUUAACAAAAAAUCCAAGAUUGAUUCAUGAAAUAAAGAAGACAUGAAUUGUUUUAAGUCUACACUUUGUAAUUAGCUAAGUUGUGCAGUAUUUUUUGACUUAGAGUAUGACCCUGAAAAAUAAAAGAAUCUUUUUUUCAAAACUCAUCCUACCUACCUGUAAAAACUGUACAAAGCUAAUGUAUUUUUCAUAUUGUAAAGUUUCAAUUGUAGAAACAACUGGUAUGUACAGUACCAUAAUUUAAUUACAUUUUACUUUAAAAACUUUACACAUUUCAGUUUCUAAAAUUUUAAAUUAACAAAAAUUAUUUCUUGUGUUAUUCAGAGUUACUCAGUUUUGUAGGGACUGUUUUGUUACUGCUUUUGUGCCCAGAAACCUUGACUCUAAAAUUCUGUGCUGUGCGAAACAUGCACGAUUUUUAUUAUGCUUACUGCGUAGAAUUUUAUCUACUUGUUCCAGAAAUAAUACAUUAACCAAAAAGGAUUUAAUUGCUCAGACUUGUAAGAGGUUCUUCAAUUACAUAGACAGGUUUUUCUUAAAAAUGAAAAAAAAAAAAUCAAAGAUUUUUUUAACAGUUCUCAGACUUAACUGUUGCCUUGAAUUACAGCCUAGUUUCUAAGCAGUGAAAUGGAAUGAUAAAGAGGGAUAUUUUAACAUAUUUCCGAAUGAAUGAUUCAUUAUUUCAUUCUUUUGAGUAACCAUUGUUAAGGGUUGGGGGGAAGCAUGGACAAAACAUCACUGGAAACAAAGGCUGUAACCACAGCAACAGACUUUGUGAUACAGUUAAAAGGUGCAGCUACCAGUGACAAAUAAGAACUUUUGUUACAUCUCAUUAUUUUCAGGCCAAGGUGGGAGUAUAGUGCAUAAUAAUUGUACAGUAGCAAUUUUUCUCCUAAUUAACCCAUAGCCAUUUGCCUAAAAGUAACCAUCAGUCAGUGCAAAAUGUGCCUGGUUCUUAAGACAACUUUUUAUUUAGAACCAUGAGACCAGUAUUUUGGAAACAUUUCAAAGGAAACAUAUGAAUUUUUUUUUGCAUUGUGCACUACAUCAUUUCUCUCCUGAGGAAGAAUUUUAAACAUGUACAGCUCAUUCAAUAUUGAUAUGAGCCACAGUGCAGAACUUUAUCACUCGAGUAGACUGUAAACAUCCUUAGUAUGUUCUAAAUUGUUUAUGUUGCUAUCCAUAAUGGGAGUCACCUCCAAAUUAUCAAAGAAAUAACUCAGAGUAAUUUGACACCAGCCCAGAUCACAUAUUGAUUACACGAUUGUAUUAUAAAGUUAACUCAAAUCAAAUUAAGAAAACCUGAGUUUUGAGAAGCUGAAAUAAUCAACUUGUUUGUGCUGUUUGCUUGACAUAGGUUAUUGUUUGAAAAUAUUGUUACGUUAUCAAUAGUAAUCAUGCAUUCUUGUGUUUUUUUUUUAAAUGGAAAACUGCAAGUUUCAAUUACUGUUGCACUAGAAGUGCUUUUAUGUUGUCAUUUUAUAUUCAUGCCAUCAAAAGUAGAUUGGCAUAUCAAUCUAACAGGGGUCAAUGAAAACAAUGAAGAAAAUAAUAACUGAAAACAACGUCAAACUUUUAAAUUUUUAUCUCUUCCAAAGAAAUUAUAUCUACAAAAUCUAGUUUUAUGCAGGUUUGUCACAGCAAAUUUAAAAGCAGCUUCAAGAAGAAUGAACUCAAAAACUGUGGAGCAAAUUUUUGUUGAAAAUAUAUAAAGUCAGAAAGAAAAAAAGAUGUAAAUGUUGGAAGAAGCAAAUUCUAUUACUAAUUCAAAUGAAACUAAAUGUCAAACACAGUACUUGUGUCAACUAUUUAGCAUCCCAGAUUUUGUAACAUAUUUUGCAUAAAUUAUUUGCUAUUCAAAAAUUUUUGUCAUUUUAAAUCUAAUUUUAAUCUUUAUGUUUUCCAUUUUCUAAUUUCCUUGCAAUGUAUUAUUCUUAGAGUGUUCUUAAUUUUCUACAUUGAAAUUUGGCUUUACAUCGUUAGCAAAUUUAUAAAGGGUUAUAAAGCUAUGAUUUGUGAGUUUAAAAUCAAAUGCAAAAUUUUAUUUAUUAUGUAAACCAAAAUGUCAUUUGCAAGCUUUCUCAUUAGAAGUUGUCCUUGCAAAGAUAGAAAAGGAAGAAUUAAUUUGUGUAAACAAGCACAAAUUAACAUAUUUGUUAAUAAAUAGGUUUAUCUACUAAUAAACCUAUUUCUAGAAACAUUCAAAUUGAUAAUGAUUUUUAGAAAUGUAAAGUUUCCAAGGAGUCUUACAAGUGUAUGCCCUUGAUUUCCUGAAGGAAACCACUUUCUUUCUUAAAUAUUUUACGUUCAUCUAAAGUGAAACACUAUAAAUAGAAGCAAUCCUUGGAACCACAGCUCUGUGCAACCAAGGCCCUAAGCUACACCAAACAAGCCAGGAAUUUUGAGACUUCUCAUCUUUAAAUUCAACCAAAAGGGUAUUUAACAAGACAAAAAUGCUGGAUUAUUAUUAUUAUUUUUGCUUAAUUUUUAUUCUGCCAUGUCCAGGUUAAGGGUGAGGGUGGUGACAAUCUGAUAGAAAGAUUGUGUCUGGAAUCUUUAUCACAUAUUUCCAAUUUAUUUCAGUUUUUGUCUAAAACUUGCAUUUCUAAUCUACCUUUUCCAGCAUUCGAUAAUCUUCCAUUUCCUCCUUCUACCCCCCAUUCCUAUGUCUCCCUUCCUGUCUAUUCCUCACCGAUUUAAACAACUGAAAUGUUUACUUAUGCUUGGAGUUGAAAAAUGGAGAGGUUGACUCAGCAUGGUUACAAUAACAACCAGCAGCUGCAGCAAACCAUAAAGUUAUGCAGUGUUUUGAAGUUUACACAUCACAUUUUACAUAAAUUAUCUCAUUUUGUCUUCAUAACAACCCUAUGAAGACACAUUAAUCUCAAAGAAGUUGAGCCCUCACCCCAAAACACAGGGCUAAUAAUUGGUGCAGUUGAAUUAUUCUCAAAAUUUACAGGCUGUUAGUCUUUCCACUAUACUAAAAGCUUUCUUUCUCUGAUCAGAGCCAGAGAACUUCCAGAGAUAAUGGAUAGAAUGAAAGAAAAAAAAAUACAUAUAUAUAUAUGACAUGUUGUUUAGUAAUCCCUACUUUAAUUCCAUUCUCUAUCUCUAAAAUAUUAGCUAACUGAAUUAUUUCUGUGUUCUACUAUGGGCUCUCACAUUAAAACUCUGUUCAAAAAGUUUAACAAGUCACAUAUUUCUUAACAUACAAGUUCGUUUGUAAAUGUACAGAACAGAUGCUCCCAAGAUGUGGAUGCAUGUAGGCCCCAAAGUACAGACAUAAAAUCAAGGAAGCACAAGGAAAGAAACCCCAAGGAAAAACCUAAAGACCUUCUAAAUUGAGACUGCAUAAGUAUAAAAGAGAUCCAUAGUACAGGGUGGAACACAUGCUCAAUACUUUGUCAACUGAACACAUGUUCAAUUCGGAGCUAACUGGGAAGACAUAAAAUUCUUUUUCUUUUUUGCUUUUGGCAAGAUUUCUUCUUAAACCAUAAAUUUUUUUUAACUUGUAAUAAUAGAGAACAACUUUCUCUAUUCUCCUUAUAAGAAAAAUAAAAUAUAAUUUAUCCAAAUUGAUGUAUAGAACCUAAAACAUAUGCUAACUUGCAAAUAAUAUAUUUUACUGAUCAACUGAUUUUUGUCAAGUCUCUAUUUCUAGUCCCUCCUGAAUGUUUUAGAAAACCAUGAAACUAUACAGAUUUUUAAUACAAAUUACAUUUUUACAAGGAAAGAAAACAUUUCCAAAUUUAACACUCAAGACUAAUCACAUAAUCCUAAUUUGAACUCAGAUCUCUCUGACUCCAUAGACUGCUUAGAAAUAGUAAAAUCUUUUUGCAAAAAUAUUUUCUAAAAUAAAACUAUUGUAUAUGAGAGUAAAAAUAUAUUUGCUUUUGAUUGUUCCUCACUGGAAGACAGAUAUCAUCUCUCAAACUAAACAUUCAAAAUAAGAAACUGAAUGCAUGAAAACCAAUACCUGAUGUGAAUUGUUGUUAUUAAGCUGUAUGAAAGAAAUGUAGAUGUUCUGGGUAUGUCAGAGCAUGCAAAAGAAGAGGUUAUGGGACUGGCAAGUAUUUGGUCUCAGGAGAAAAGGUGAAAAUUUUCCAGAAUAGAUAUAGUAGCAUCUUAUAUUGGCACAGCUCUUAACAGUUUAUAAUGUUGGGUAAUAUAACAAUCUCCUAAUUCAUCAAAAAGUCUCAAGGUGCAGAUGAAUUGGUCUUGCAAUAAGGAAGAGCUUCCAACUCUUCCCAUGACCUUCCCAAUUUUCCCCAACUGUCCCUAAAUAGGGAGGUGCCAAGUGCAAAGGACCCAGGAGCAAUGCUUUCAAAAUUCUGAUUUGUCCCAAAGGUAGGGUACCUGGACAAUCAACAAUUGGGCUUCAUUUUAUCAUCAAUAUUAAUGGGAAAGAAACAUUUGAAAAUUUAAAACCAAGCAAACACACACACACAUCAAAGUGGUGGUGGGUCUUUUUUGAAGGUCUCUCAUGACUUGUAUUACAGUUUUAUUGUGAGAUGGGAGGCAACUUAUAUUUAAUUUCUGUAGGGUAAAAUUCACAUUUUAAAAGGUCCACUGUUGAUUUUUUUAUUCUAUGAAGGACAGUGAUCUUAUAGCAGCAGAGUGCCUCAGCCAUCUAGGACUUAGGCUACUACGUUUCUUCCUCCUAGCUCGCAUUUAUAAAUUUGUGUUAUAUGAUAUUUGUCUUUCUGAAAAGGUGAGUGAAAAUUUGUUUUGUGUAAAUCAAAUAAUGUUUCAAAUGUAUCAAGAGACCUUGUGAUAAAGGAACCUUGAAAUUGUUUUCUAAUCUAAAAUAUUACCCACUAAUUUAUCUUUUUAAAAUUGAUUUCCAUAUGCCUUGCGUUAUUAUAAUGCAGCACACUUGUACUGCAUGGUUUAAAGGUUCUGCAAGACAGUCUUUGCCUCAGCCUACAGGAAAUGGCAGUCUGACUCCAGGUUUUGAGUUGGUCGAUAUGAGCAGUUUCAGUCAUUUCCACUUACUGACUUUAUCUGGACUAAUGUGGAAAAUAGUAGUAAGACAACAUGGAUGGAUAAAGUUGACAAAUAAUUUUAUUUGUUUAAACUUUGUCACUUAUUAUAUCCUUGAAGUUACUAGUAAGAGGUCAAGAUGACUCCAAAUCCCUUGUGUCAAUACUAGAUUUACUGAAUCAGAAUCACUGGGAUGGAUCUCAAAAUGUGCAUUAAGACAUGACUGAGGUGAUACUAAUGCAUGCUAAGUUUUGAAAAAUAUUGCUCAAAUGAAUUUACUUUUCCCAAGUCAUUCAAUUGCUUUCUAUUUUAAUAUAAAAUUGUGAAUUAUCGUGCUUUCCCAUAUCAAUGUGAAUCUAGUUUUCUAAGCCUGACUGAACAUUUUUCUUGACUGAGGAAAGCAUACCAAAAGACAACUAUACAUAAAAUGCUCAGGUUGCUUCCUGACAGACUGUUGUUUAUAGAUUUUAUUCCCCAUUAACUCUUUCAAGAGACAUAUCUGAAAACAGUCUUAAGGCAGCUGGGUUAGUUACUUGUUAGUUGUACCCAUGAAUAUAACAACUGAAAAGCUGGAUGUGGGGAGAGAGGCAAGAAGUAAUUUAUGAUGUAUCAGGCACUAUGCCCUCCUUGUCUCAUUUUUAAAGCAUUUUAGCAGAGAAGUAUAACCACUAUUUUAAAGAAAGGAAAAUAAGGCUCAUAGUAAUUAAAUAACUUGCCAAGACUCACACAGUGGAGCUGGAGAUUCAGAUUUAGAUUUGUUAGGCUCUAAGGAUGUGCUCCUACCCCCCAUAGCACAUUUUCAAAAGUGAGAAGAGAUUAUAAUCAAUAUAAUGAGGCUUAUAUAUUUUAAUGCGGGGGUGUUGAACACAGCAGAAAAAGAAUUUGCCUUUCUAUUUCCAAAUAGAAAAAUUAUCUUACACUGUGUAGAGACUUCCUUCAAUAUCCUAAACCAGCAGCCUAAUGGAAAAAAACACCCAAUAUUUUCUUUAAGUUUUAUACAUGGUUUCCUAAAAAGAGUAGACAUUUGAAAAAAAAAUUCUUCAAAACAUAAAUACCCCUGAAUAUUGAUGUCAUAUUUUUAUUUCCAAUCACCUUAGUUCUUUAUAAAUUUACAGCCAAAAUAUGAUAAAGAAAUAUCAAUAAUAUAACCUUCAACUGGCCAAAAAAAAAAAAAGAGGGGAGGUUGCAAAUUUUAGCCAAAACUAUAUGGAUAAAUGAUCAAUAAAGUCACCAACUGCAAAUGACAAAGUGGAGAAAAACACCAAUAAUCUACAGUCACAAACUGUAACUGGCAAUGAUAUGACUUGGGCUACAGAACAUUUCCUGUGAAUUAUUUUAAAUGGCAAUACUCCUUAUAGGAGUAUUGUAACUUACACAGAUGAUAUGGGAUCUGGAAGCAUACUACAUCAAAGGAGGCUGAAAGAUAACCUUUAUAACAAGGCAGACUCUACGUGUCCUACUCAGAAUGUAAUAUGUAGUUUAAAUAUAAAAUAAAUAUCAUUUCCUUGUUUCAUUACUAUGUGGAGAUGGACAAAUAAAAUUAUUUGUUGAAAUUUAUUUUUAAACUCACAUCUUGAAAAACAUCUUCCUCAGUCUCAGCUAUUCACAAAUGAUUCUUAGUCUCUCGACUCCAUUAGUGCCUCAGGAGCUUUUUAUUAAACCUCUGAGUUAUCUCUUCUCUCUCUCCCUGAACUCCACAAGUGCAAGUAAUCUCAUUGGUUUAACUACAUUAGCAUUUUACUCCAUCACAGGAUCUGAACAUGUAGCAUCCAUGAAAAACAUACUUCCAUAAUACAUACAGCAUUCAAGAGCCAGUAAAGCACUCUCUAAGUCAUGCCUCCUACUAAAAAUGGUCACAUCUAUAACUCUGAUAAAAAUUAGGCUAUAAGUUUAAAACAAUAAAUCCAGCAAAGAAAGAAAUUCUAGCACCCUGGAUCUAAUAUCAUUGUGUCUUCUCAUUCUGGCACCAUUACCACCAUACAGAAAUGUUAUCUGAAAUAUGUAGAAUAAUUCUGAUUGUGGACAACAAAGAUGCUCCUGUUAUCUGGGUUGAAGAUGUGGUGAAAGGCAACAAAGAAGACAAAAAUUACACAUACCAAGGUAAGUGAAGGGAAUGUGAUUUAUUAUUAAAUAAUCUGCAAGUAAUUUUAAAAACUAAGACCCAUUAUUAAAAUUUACAAUAACAUUUAUGCCAACAAGUGUCAUCAUAAAGGCUAACGUGGAUAUUGGGGAUAUAAGAGAAAUGUGGUAUUUGUGGUGGCAAUACAUAUUAGAUAAUAGAUAGAUAGAUAGAUGGAAUUAAUUCUACCAAAAGAGAGACUAUUAAGAAUAAAAAUUAGUCCAAGAACUAUUUCUAUUAUUUCUCCAGAGAGAAACUGAAUAGAUAGAGAAAAAGAUUUAAACUAAAUGCUACAUGAUCUUUCCAAGGUCAAAUUUGAAAUAGUCCGAAACUAUAAACUCUGAAUUGCUGCUUCAACCAUAUGAGUAAUUACAUUAAUUCACAUACACCUAGUCAAAAUCUGAUGUUGAGAAAUGAAUUGUAAUUUUAAAUGUACUCCAUCUGUCCUUGCUGUUUUACAUCAAUGAUAUAUUUGCUUUCAAUUACAGAUCCAUAAAUACAAUGCCCUAAACAGUCUGAUGAAAAUGUGGUGAAAGAUUGGUCACCGCUGUUUUUCUGUUCUAUCAUAAGGCAAUUAUCAGAGUGGAAUGACCACCAUAGUGGGGAGCUGGAAAUAUUAUCUUUAAAGUCCUCGCUACAGGUCUUAUUUUAUAUAAAUUUAUAAAAUAAGAAAAAUAUUGCCUUGAGGCAAAAGCCCGAAAGCCCACACCAGCUCUAGUCUGACUACACUUAACACCAGAGAGGUCUAGGGAAAGACGCUGAACAUCUCUGAACUUACAUGCUAUCUGGAGAAAAGCUUGAGAUCCUUGGGAUGUCAACAUUUUUUUGCCUUUGGAUGCGAUGGAAACUUAAGUUCAGUUAACGGACAUCCUUCAAAACUCCCUGCCAGUUUCCUCUUUAACAAACUUCAAACCUGAGUUUCUUGAGCCAACACUGGCUUUAACACACAGCUAUUUAACAAUGAACCCUUGUUACACGUCAUCACUUUGUGGAAGAAUUACAUAAUUGGGGUUGUAGCCCUUAUCAGCUUUUCCCUUGCCUUUGGAUCAAGUUACGGGAUAAAACAUGUGAACUUGAUAUGGCACAUUGGUACUACCACAGGUGGAUUGGAAGAAGAGUUUCUAACAUACAAACAUUUUAUGUAAUAUAAAACUGAAAUGUAGUUUGGGGCCGCUUCUUUUUAACUUAAUAAUCUGAUAUAAUUUUCAGAUAACUGCAUGCUUUCCUGCCACUGAUAAUAUAAAUAUUAUUGUCUGUAAUGAAAACAUGGUUUUGUUGUCAUAUACUUUCACUUUCUGAGGACAGAGUUCAGACAACUGAUUGUGUUCUGUAAUUACCACAAAGAAUGACUAUUUAUUUUCAGAAAGAACGGCUUAGUGCCAAGCACUUUAAGACAACAUAACAACUAACACUUACUGAAUGUUUACUUUUCUAAGCACUUUAUGUGUAUUCAUUCAUUCAGUCAACAUUAAUAUGAAAAACAAUUAAUAAUAAUCCUAUGAAGUAGAUACUACUGUUUUUCCCUGAGGAAGAUAAGAAACUGAUGCACAGAGCAAUUAUAUAACAUAUAGCUAGUAAAUUGUGCAACAAGGAUUCAAAUCCAGUUGACUGAUCUAUUGAAAAACUGACCCCUCUAACUGCUCAUUUAAGGACCACUCUAUAGACCCCAAUGUUAAGUUCAAAAUUCUACCUAUUUAAGGCUAUCACUGAGACAUUUUUUUUUUCAAUAUAAUUGAUGUGUUUAUUACAUACCUAAUAUAUGCCCAUUGGAAGGUAAGAAAAUUUUAGAGAUACAUGAGUGUAUGAUAUAGUCCCUGUCCCCAAUGGACUUACAGUCUUAGCAAAGAGAAAAGACAUCCAUAUUCAACAGAAAUAAAAUUCAAGAACUAAGUUUAAUACCUGCAAUUGUAAACAGCAGUUAGGAGAAGAUAAAAUCAAAGUUAAUAAGGUUGUUGGGAAUAUCUCAAGGCAAAAGUGAUAAAUGACAUAGAACUUAAAACUAGCAGUAUUCAGAUGGGCCAGACAAAGAUGGGAGGGCAGUGAAGGGAGAAUAUUAUAUUUUUAUUUACUGACAUCUAUUAUUCCAAUAGGAUUUGUUAGAUUCAUGCUUCUCUGGAAGAAAAAGACCAGGCUCAAUUUUUGUCCUGAUUGCCUAAAAGUUCAGAGCCAAAUUUUACUCUCACCACAGUAAAUCUCUUGGCCUUUCUAGGCAGGCAUAAAUAUUUCCCAAAUUUUUCUGAACUCUGAUUCUCUUUACAUUUCUAUUUUAUCUUAUUUGGCGUGGGGGAAAAGCAUAUUAAUCCUUUGUUUAAAAUGUUAUGUCAGUUUCAAUAAAAUGUUCAUAAACCAUUUUGAAGACAGAUCCAGGAAAUGGUAUUAAUUUCAAAUAAUUAUGUGAAUUACAUCAAACAACUUUUUAAAAGCUAGUAAUUGUAACAUCCUCCGUCAAACUACUGUUUGGCACAAAUGAAAACACAUCCUUUAGAUUGAUUGACUUUCUUUUUUUCAACUUUUUUAGUCUUUAUAUGUCAGUACUGGUGAAUAUUAACCAGAAUUUUUAUUUCAAAGAGUAAAAAUAAAAAUCAUUUUUGAUUGCUAUAUUUUACAAACAAACUACAGUAGAAUAUUAUUAAAGACCAUGAUCAAAAUCAUUUAGUUGAUAGUGAGACAGCCAGGUGUGAGGGGUCCCUGACAAAACUCCAACCAGUCUGCACACUGGGAGUGUGCACUUGGGUGGACUCACACACAGGUUCUAGUCCAUUUGCAGCAAGGAAGAGCCUGCCCCCCUCCUCUUCCUGUGUGGAACCUGGGAUUCAAGUGGCUAAGCAGGAAGUGCUCUAGCAGGGACUCUGCCCUUGCGGAGAGUCCCUGUUUCCCCCUUUUCUUUCUUUUCAAUCAAUAAAACGCUGUCUUACUCACCAUUCAAAUUGUCUGUGAACCUGAAUUUUCGUGGCCAUGGGACAAGAGGCCUAUCUUUAGCUGAAAUAAGGAAAAGUCCUGCAACAAUAGCAAACAGACCAGUACUAGAAUGUACAUUUACUUAGAAUUAUUUUUCACUAGAGUGAAGUAUUUUUAGUUUAUGAAUGCACUGAUAUUUAGGAAUAUGCAGAAAUAUUUCUGCCUUAAAAGUACAAAUAAUUGUCAGUAAAGUUGUCAUUUAAAAAAUACAGUCAAAUAUAUAUAUUUCUAAUCUGAAACAUGAUGCAUAAGAAGCUACUUUAGUUUUUUGAAUUUUUCAAGUAGAGAAAUAUUCUCUUCAUCAAACUCUGCUCAUCACUAGGACUAUUAAUUUACGGUUAUCUCUGUGUUUAUUUGGGAGGUACAAUUUUCAUUCAUGGGUAUUUGUUCAAUGUGUCUUGUCUUCUCUAUAUUUUACAUUUAAUAUACAUUUAAUUUAAUAUGAUAUUUUGAUAUUUUUAAUUCUAAUCAAUAAAAUAAGCAUUUAUUCAUUUGUAUUACGGUAUUCCAGUUACUGUGAUGUGAGACACAGUGAUCGAUGCUUAUAGUGAAUAAAUUAUUGUGACUCAAUGUGAUAUUUCUAAAAAUGAAGUCUGUACAUGAUACUGUGAAAUGAUCGGGUUUACUGCAAAUCAGAAAAGGCCUCACAGAGUAAAUGCUAUUUGAGAAACUUCAGGUUUGCCAUUUAUAAAACCCAGGUCUGUCCUACAGGCUCCACAUCCAGCUCCUAACUAAAAUUUAGAAGUCUUUAGAUGUCUGUGGGUAUUAUCAUCCAGAAAACUAGGACUCUAAUAGUUUCUGAGUCUAGUAUUCUCCCCAUAUAGCUACUCAGUUUUUUCUAGUCUAUAUGUCAAAUAAAAUUUUGAAAAAAUUACCCCUUCCCACAAUCUUUUCAAAUUAAUCCUCAGAUGAAAAUGAUUUAAUUUAGCUAUUCCAUGAUAAAUAAAAAAUAUGCAAUUUUAUUGAAUAAACUUAGAGUAAUUAAUAAAUAAAUGUAAUGUACGGUCAGAAGUUUUCUGUUUUGUUUCAUUUGUAAAAUGUCCAUUAAAAUGCUACCUAUGUGGGUUAAAAAGCCUAUAAGACAAUUCCAACUUCAGGAAUAUGUGAAAACAUGUAGAAAAGGUAUAUUGUGUAAUUUAAAUUUUUAUCAUCUACAGGUUAUGGCAUAAGACUGAUAUGAAAAUGAAUGAGAAUUAGGUUUCAUGUAGACUCUUUUGUCUUUUGUUCUAUUACUAUAAAAUGUUUCAUUUAAAAGUAGGGAAAAAUUAGUAAGAUGGUGAAUUUACCUGAUAUACCAAUAAGCACAGUUGUUUUGGAAGUUGCUUGGUACCAUUGACUCUUUGCAUCUUUAAAUACGUAUUUCUUUCCUUAACAAACACUUCUCUUUAUGAGAAUACCAUUACUCUCAAAGGAUUCCAAUGUUUAUUUUGUGCUCAUGGCACUUUUUUAUUUAAAUUUUCAAGAAUGCACUUCGCAUUAAGAUGAACCAAAAUAGUAUUAGUGAAUUCAGCAACCAGUUUAAGGCAUAGUUCUCUGAUCUUCCUACUUAAGAAAAUGAAGGCUGGGCAUGGUGGCUCAUGCCCGUAAUCCCAGCACUUUGGGAGUCGGAGGCAGGCAGAUCAUGAGGUUAAGAGAUCCAGACCAUCCUGGCCAACAUGGUGAAAACCUGUCUCUACUAAAAAUACAAAAAUUAGCCGGGCAUGGUAGCGGGUGCCUAUAGUCCCAGUUACUGGGGAGGCUGAGGCAGGAGAAUGGCGUGAACCCAGGAGGCAGAGCUUGCAGUGAGCCGAGAUCGCACCACUGCACUCCAGCCUGGGCGACAGAGUGAGACUCCGUCUCAAAAAAAAAGAAAAAGAAAGAAAGAAAAUGAAUGUAUUUUAAUUUUAGAAUUUCAGAACAUAUCAGUAUUAACUCGAAGAAAGUCAUCAUGAAUAAUGUUAUUUUAAUGAAUGCCAAGGGAAUUGUGCCUAAUAUUCUAAAAUACUCUUGAGGAUUAUGAAGAGUGUGCAGUAUGGCAAAGGCAGCCAUGAGAAUCCCCAAUAUAUAAAAUGUAUACUAUAUACAAAUAAUUAUUUCUCAAAAAUAUAAAUUUUCACUCUAGAUAGUUUUCUACAGGGUGGUACAUGCUAUGUGGUAGUAAAUGAGCCUGUAAAACUGAACUCACUAGACCACAACUAUUUCUAUUAAAUAUCCAAAACAUCCUCAAUGUGAAUGUUUUGAAUUUAUCUUUUAUAUGUGAAGAGUCUAUAAUUUGUUAGUGACUAUAAAUUAAAUUAUAACAACCUUUACAUUUUUUAAGUUUCACAAUUGUUCUGUAUUCCAAUUAAGAGGCUCAAAAUCUAGUCUGGGAAACUCCACUUGGUUUACAAAAAAAAAUCAAUAUGCUUUUUAUUUCAUGGGGCUCUGGGACUGUUAAGAUUAGCGUGAAAUACUGACAUUUACACUCCUGAGUGGACUACAAGGGGAGCAGGAUGGAAUGAUGAUGGCAAGUAAUUGGACAAUUGGACAGUCUCCAGAAAGGCUUGAAAAAUACUAUUAAAUCUCCAUCUGCUGAUUGAAAAUUCCAGGUUCAUAAGAUAUAACAAUAGCUGAAACACAAAUCUUAGAUGAUGUCUACCUUUCUUUUCAGGUUUGUACCCCAUCUACUUUGCAAGAACCUGUGACGAUUUUUUCGUUAAAACAUCUGCAUAAUUAAACAUUUUAGGCUAAUGAUGACAAGACAACAGGCCAUAUUUUAUUACUUUUGUUGAACUGCCCAGUGUAUAUCACAUUUGUUAUAAUUACUCAAAAACUCCUGCCUUGAAAAUAUGUAUUAUAAUUUUUAAAAAAAGAAAAUAAGGAAAAGGGAAGAAAUAGACAAAAAAUUAAAUUAGGGUCUUACACUUACAAUGAGAUAGUUCUAAGGAGGGAAGACUUAACCUAAGUAAGUUUUCAUUCCUUUGAAUUAGUGGAAUAAAUACAUCUUAAAUUUCUCCAUUCCAUUAGGACAGAUCACAGGCGACCUUGCUGAGGGAGUAAGUGAAGAACAGUUAUAGUUUCAGGGUCCUAAAUCAACCACAGGGAGAAUAAUAUAUUACUCUGCUUAUUUUACCCUUCCUCUCGUCUUCACGUUUAUGUCUUCUUCAGUAUUUCCUUCUCAGUCUGAGUUUUAUAUAGCAUAUGACAUACACAUAUGUGCCAACACAAUGUGAGUGAUAAGACUGGAAGAGGAAAAGCUUACAUUAAUUUAUCUUGAAAAAUGAAAUGUCCAAUUAUACAAUAUUAUAGAGUGCUAAUAGCUCACCAAAUAACAUAAAUAAGAUUACAUUUCACUCAGUGCCAGACCUGACAAUCAAACCUAGAUUCCAAAGUAAGUCUUUCUUUUUUUCAAUAGAUUGAAUAUACUAGAGGUUAAGAAAAUUCACAUAAGGCCUAAACUCCUCUUUUAAAAAAUCCUUUGACAUUUCUCAUAAAAACAGCUCUUUGCCUGUGGCUCAAUUUAGGACUUUCACAAAUCCCUUGAAUAAUGAAGGUCUUGGUUUUAAAUGACUGUUUAUGUGUGGCAUUCUAUGAAAGGUCCAGAAGCUUGUUAGGGACAAUUGCUAAAAAAUUAAAAUAUCUCAAGAUUAUUUUCAUCAAACCAAUAUGUGUUAGAAAGUUAUCUAUUGGAGUAUAUUCCAUAUACUUAACAUAAUAUUAUUAUAAUGGAUGGCAAGAUAAAAAGAAAUCCUCUACAGGAUAUUCCCAUUUCUCUCCAGAGUCAUGGUAUCACAGACAACACACCAGUCUCCCCAGGAUACCACUAUAAUUUAAUACAUGCAAAGUAUCCAUCUAAUUUACCUGUCACUGAUUAGGAAAUUCCAAUAGUAAGUUUCUCACCACAGCAAAUCCUGAAGAACUAGCAUUUAAGCUAUUUCAUUAUGAAGUGAAAAAAAUCAUUUAGAAAUAAAAGUACCAGUUAGUAACAAAUUAUGUACAAGUCACUCUAGCACAGUGUAUUUCAAUCACUUCAGUAUUUUUAGCCUCCCAAAAAAAGUGUCAGAAAUGAGGCAUGAAAAGCUAUUAAAUGAAUCAUUCACAUGUUGAAUAGAUGUUGCCAUCAGUUUGUUCUCUCAAUGGAAAUAAUGAACAACUGAUUUAUUUAUAACUGGUCAUGAUGAUAAUAUACCUUCAUGUUCCACCCUUUUCAAUAUAUUAUGGUUAUGUUAUAACUGUCUUAUUUUAUACGUGAUCUAAAAUCAUAUGCUUCCAUAAAAAUGUCUUCUUUUCCAGGCUUUCCCUUAACUUUAAUGUUCCUUUGGCUUGGGGUGUAAUUAAAAUGUUUUUACUG